UGGUGAACGGAUCGUCUCGAUGAUCUUCUACUAGUUCAUGCCGCAGGCAUGCGAGGCCUCUCUCAGUCUAUUUAUACGGCCUCCAUCGUCUCGUCUCACGCAGUCACGUUGUCCCCAAGAGCCCAAACCACACGACGAGGCAGCCAGAGCCAUGGGGAAGGGGAAGCGGGUUGCUCCCACCCUGCCGAUGCUUUCGCUCGUGGCUCUGAUCAUGCUCCUUGUCGCCGGGCUCUCCGCAGCCGCGGCGUCCGGCGACACGGGCGUCGUCAUUCGCCUCCCCAGCGACGCCGCCGCCUCAGGCGAUGCCCGGGCCGGCGAAGCGACGGCGCGCGCCAUGCCGGGCGAUUAUGCGGAGAGGCCGUGGAAGUGCUGCGACAUGCAGGUGUGCACCCUGUCGGUAGUGCUGCCGUCCUGCUGGUGCCACGACAGGCUCGAGCGGUGCUCGUUGGCCUGCAAGGAGUGCAGCAAGGUGAGGGGCUCGGACCCUCCACGCUACGUUUGCAAGGACAUGUACAGAGGCGAGCCCGCGCCCAUGUGCACUACCCACGCAUGACGCGAAGAACGUAGAGGGGAUGACGAGCCGUCUUCCACGGCCAUGGCUGUCCCAAGUUUAUUCCUGUUGUAUUUCCUGCAGAUAGCUAGCCGCUUCUGCUUCCUGUUGUUCCUGCACCAUGCUGCUGCCUCCUGUUUCAAUAACGACCAUAUAGCAGGUCGGGGUUUUAAAUUUCUAUUGGUUGCCAGACUCUGGGGCGGCGCUCUGCCAACACGUUAGCGCCACAUGCGCAUUGGAUCACCUCAGCUAGCAGUCCGGAAUUCAGAUGCACGUCUCAGAUGUCAGUAUGAAUCCAAAGGGAGUCUAGGCGCUAUGCAAUGCAGAGGCAUUGCAUCUUUGGAGGGU